UGAUAUCAGAAACACAAUUCAGGAGAGAUUUAAAUAUGAAGUUUUCUAACACUAGCCUAGUUCAUGAUCUCAGUGAGUAUGGGAUACAGUAAGGAUCUAGCUAACAAGAUUUCUUUAUGAAGCAAUCCGAUUGUAUAAAGACAAAAAUAAGAUGAACAGGAAGCAAAUGGUGAAUUCACUCUAAGAAAUAGCAAAUGUAUUUUAAAUAUCAUUAUAAUUUAUAGAAACCUUUAACUGAAUCACAAUAAAUUGAAUUAUUGGAUUGGUUUGAGGAAUAUUGCAUUCAAUAAACUAAAAUAUCUAAAAAACAAAAAAACAGAAGUUUAUUCACCAAAUCAAUUCAAGCCAUCAAGAAUGACCAAGCUAAAGAUUUAAAUGGAAUUUAAAAUAAAUAAUUCUCUUAACCUAUUAAUAAGAAAGUCAAACUUAAUCAUGAUAAUCAAUCAAAAAUUAAGGAUAUUAUAACUGAAGAUGAAGAUGAUCAUUAAUCCAUUUCAGAAGAAAAUUAAUUUAAUUAGAGGUAUAAUUAUAUUGUAUAUUUUUAAGUUAAAAUAAAUCAUUGAUGUUACUCUUAUUAUUAACAGCAGUAAAUCAAUAAAAACAAAAUAUUGAAAUUCCCUCCUAGGUAAAAGUACAUAAUUUAUUAUUAAAUUUACAAUAGCAAAACAGUAAUAUAAUCAAUGAAAGAUGCAGGUACUUUCCCAAUUGUACCAAUAAGCAUUGUUAAUAUGUUCAUCCUACUAUUAAAGUAUCUAAAAUUACUAUUUAUAGUGCAAAUAUUUUCCCUAUUGUAAAAAGGGAAAUCAAUGCAUUUAUAUGCAUCAGCAAUGCAAACAUGGAAUUCAUUGCAAAAAUCCAUUAUGUAGCUAUGAACAUCCAUACAAAAAAAAAUGAUAUCAUAUAAACUCAAGAUUAAUC